AUUGUAAAAUAUCAUAGAUACAGGAGGUGUCUAUGCAAAAUACAUAUUUUUAUCGAAUUUCGAAGCAUUGAGUUAUCCUACAGUCAUAUUUUAACUACUUUUAAAAUAUUUUUACAGAUUCAGUUAAAAAGGAGCAAAGAUGUUCUUAAGUUCUUAAUGCCUUGAGGAAGUUAAAACCAGAAUUUUCCAUGAGAAAUCACUUGAUUCAUAAUAAUGAUAAAAAUUGUAUGUAAUUUUACAUUACUUGAUUCUUUUUAAUUACAUAGAUCAGCUACAAUUUAUAAUCAGCUGACCAAACUUUUUGCAUGCUGAGAAGUUCUUGCUUAUGCACUAAACUGUUGGCAUUUUGUCGCCAUAAACGCAAAUAUACAAAUAGAACUUCUCCAUAUCAUAUCAUAUGAUAUAUGGUGCAAAAAGAGUUCGGUUUGCAUAUUCUGUAUUCAUAUUGGUCAUUGAAAGCAAUAUUGAUAGUGAGGUUGAUUAUUGGGGUCCCACCUGAAUCAAUAUGUGCAGAAAUCAGGUAUUUCAACACUAGCUGAAACAAGUUUAGCCUCACCAGCACAAGCAAGCUAGGAGGUCUGACAGGAUUGGUUUUCCUGAACUACAGGAUCAGAUCAGGUGUGUGCCGGUGGACGGAGUGUCUGUGAACCGUCCCUGAGGACAUACAUCUGAACCCGACCUGUGGAGUGAACAAGGCACGGAAGUAGGAACUCCACCGUGACCUGCGGCUGUUCAAACUUCAACUCAGAGCUGGCCGCGAUCUGUGCGCCGCCCUGAACUGCCACUGUCUCGACGGUGACCCGUGCGCGUCCGGCGGUGACCUGGCGGGUCAAGGUCAGCAGGGGCGGCCGUGACCGCGGUCCGGCCGCGGCCGCCACCGCCGCCGCCUCUGACCCUAUCGACCGAGCGACCGACCGACGGCCGUCGUCGCGCCGCCGUCGGCAGCAGUCGCCGCACCGUCGCCGACGACGAAGGAGGGUGUUCCGGGUCGACGCCGACGCGCCGAGCGGCCCGCUCCGUCGGGAAACGCCCAGAGACCGUCGCAGCCGACGUGAGGAGGAGCCGAGGAGCCGCAGCUAUUUCGAUGACCAUGCGGGUGGAGAGCGGCGCAGCGACCACCACUGGCUGACUGGUCAGUCUGCCACCCGAGGGCCACCUCAGCGGCGCCGCCGGCCUGACCUUUCGACUCAGUGACCUCGCCGCCGCCACCAUGGGCAAGCAGAACAGCAAGCUGAAGCCGGAGAUGCUGGACGACCUGCGGGCCAACACAGAGUUCACAGAUGCUGAAAUCCAGGAAUGGUACAAGGGAUUCUUGAAAGACUGUCCAAGUGGAAACCUCAGCGUAGAAGAAUUUAAGAAAAUAUAUGGGAAUUUCUUCCCAUAUGGAGACGCGUCAAAGUUUGCCGAGCACGUGUUCCGGACGUUUGACGCCAACGGCGACGGGACGAUCGACUUUCGGGAGUUUCUGUGCGCGCUCUCGGUCACUUCGAGAGGUCGACUCGAGCAGAAACUCAAGUGGGCCUUCUCCAUGUACGAUCUGGACGGCAACGGCUACAUCAGCCGGCCAGAGAUGCUGGAGAUCGUCACGGCAAUCUACAAGAUGGUCGGCUCCGUCAUGAAGAUGCCCGAGGACGAGUCCACGCCAGAGAAGCGCACCGACAAAAUCUUCCGGCAGAUGGAUAAAAACCACGACGGCCGGCUCAGCUUAGACGAGUUUAUCGAGGGCGCCAAGAGCGACCCGUCCAUCGUGCGACUACUGCAGUGCGAUCCCCAAUCUCAGUAGUGUAUACGGACUGGAGGACUGGAUCUGGGUGUGGCCGAGCCCCUGUCGCUGCCAAAGAGCCGAACUCAGCACCUCUGGAUGGUGGUGGCCGGGUUUGGGUGACUGCUGGACGCUGGGCCUGAGGGCGAUCUGGGACUAUAUGCGGUCUGAGGGUGCCCCAGAAGACUGCCAGAAGGGCCAUGGCGCGCGCCGCUGGUGCCGCAGCCUUGGUGAUGUGGUGCUGGUGACGUGGGGACUGCUGGUGCCCUCUGCGGCCCAGCACAGUGCCAAGUUCUCGCAGUCGUGUCCCGGUCGGGUCCAGUGAUCGAGGCAGCUUGCGUGGUGACGCAGCGUGUGACUGGUGGCGUCCUCUAUCUCAGUCGGGUGUGUCGUGUGGCGCUACCUGUUGUGGUGAUGCGUAUCGUGGCGUCCUCUAUCUCAGUCGGUUUCACGCUGCUGCGCCAUCUAUCAGAGCGGUGGGCCGGCCGUCGGGCGUGCGGGCGGGACGUGUGCCUUAUUUAGUUGGGCGUUUGGAGGGGGUCGUGGGCCGAACGGGUUCAUCUCAGCGGGGUGGGAGCGUCGACAGUGACCGAGUCAGAUCUGGUGACGCGCGGUGCCCUGCGUCCGCCGGACAGCGUGGGCGACAGCGUCUAAACGACUUGAGAAAACGUUACCUUGUGUUCCGCUGGGCGUCCAACGCACAGAGCGUGUUUAUUGUUCAAUUAUAUUUUUGUUGAUAUUAUUCAGUAGCUUUAGUUUAUUUAAAACACCUCGAGAGCGGACAUACAUGAAUCAGUCACAAAUGUGGGCCGUCACUAUGGGAGGGCGUCCAGGCUCGGGUCUGCCGUCGUUUUUCACGUGUUUUGGCGACUUUGUACGCCCCUCUCGGGGCAGCGGUCGGCUCCGGGCGGCCCUCAGUCCGCGGCGUGGGACCGUCCUGGCGACACCGGCCGGGCAGAGCGCGCCGCAGCCUCUACUCCGUAGCUAGCGGCCCCAUUGCCGUGUUGUGUCUGCCCCUGUGCUCGUGACGUGCAGUCUUGUUCCGCCGGCCAGCCCUGUUGAAUGGGCGAUCACACUGCUGGGAGCGCCAUUGUCCUAUUUAUGCAGCGCGCCGGCCCGGCGGACGGCCGGCGGGGCCCUGCGGUACUGUCCAGGGGCGGUACUGAGGUGGUCCUGGCGUCCCUGUAACCCUCGCCGCCCGCGACUACCGCCGCGGUGCGCCCGCCCGGCCGCCUGCCGGGCCGGCCGCUGCCCGCUGCCGCCUACUCUCACAGUUCACUGGUUCGCACCGUCUUUCCUUGCCGAAUAAAGGUGAAUUGAAAGUGA